AUGGCGACGGAACCACCCUUCCUACUGGCGUUGCCAGACGAGAUUCUUACGCACAUCCUCUCCUACCUGGACCCCUACGAUCUCAAUGCGGUCCAGCUCACAACAAAACGCCUACAUUCCCUCGCCCAAGAGCCUCUCCUCUGGCGCCACCUCUGCCGCGUCCACUUUCGCUUCUGGAACCCGACGCACCGCUUUUCCGCCAAGCUCCGCCAGCCGAUCGCCGACGUACCAUGGAGGCGAUUGUUCCUCAACAGGAAACAGCUAGACCAUGAAGUCGACAAACGCAUGGACAUGAUAAUCGCGACCCAGCAGAACCGCGCAAAUCACAUCGAAUGGAUAGCAGAGCGGGGGUACGACGUCAAGUCGGUGCUGCUGAAGCACAAGAACGCGGACGAGGGGAAGGAGGACGUGCUGGCGCGGAGGUUCUGGAGCAGCGCGAUCCUGAGCACGAUCCACCGCAGCAUCGCCAUGGAGGAGUGGUGCAAGCUACGCAAGGGCGAAUCGCGAUCGCUAGAGCGCGCGCUGGGCGCGUACGACAUGUUCGUGCUGGACAGCGACGAGGGGCUGGGCGACCUCGACAUGAUCGGUGAGCAACUGGACGAGCUGGCGGAGCGGUUCAAGACGGCGCAUCCGGAGUGGAGGGAGCUGUCGACGAGGCGGAGGGCAUGCUGGUUGGUGACGUUCCUGCGAAGAGCGGGAUACCGGGGGGUGCCGGGUGAGAGGUACGGGCAGAUCGCACAGAACUUCAUUGGUCUGGCGCUGUCGGAGAAGGACCACGAGGCGUUGCCUUUGAUCACGAAUGUGAUCUUCUGCUCGGUGGCUUCCAGGCUCGAGAUUGACGCCAAUCCAUGCGGAUAUCCAUACCAUAUCUACUCAAUUGUGCAGGCCCCUCCUCAGACAACGCUGGAAGGGGCUCCUGCCCCAAACCUCGAGACCCCUGACACUAUGUACCUCGAUCCCUUCCGGACGGCCGAACCAGUGUCACGCUCGGAACUCGAAGGACAAUUGCGGACAAUGGGGGCAACAGCCGCGAGCUUUGCUACCUAUCUUGAGCCUGCCAACCCAAUCGAAAUGGUCAUUCGAACGGCCCGAAACAUCCGCCGUGCUGUGGAAAGUGGAAAUGGUCUCGUAGACCCUGCUGCAUCGACGAUAGGGAUUCAAUUCACGCACACGCAUCUGAACCUCCACAGCGCCCUCCAUGCGGCAUUGUGGGCAUGGCUAUAUCUUGAACGUGGCGAUCCCAUUCGCGGUGGCGAGGAAGCUGGUGGCAUCGCCCUCCACCGACGCCGGAUCCUGAUUAGCAAGGUGGUGCAGCAGUGCCUGGAGUUCUACCCGUGGGAGAUCUGGCUGGUCGAGCGGUACAUGGCAUCGCUCUUCCACGACCUGCCAGAGGAGGGUGACUUCUUGUACAUCAUCCAGCGCGAGCACACGGCGGACCGGAACAAAAAGGCGCUAAAGAAGCGCGGCGAUCACACCAAGAACGUCAAGUUCCGUGUUGGGGAUUGCUUCAAGCACAAGCGGUACCACUACUAUGGCGUCAUCGUCGGCUGGGAUCCCUACUGCAAUGCUGGGGAUGAUUGGAUGCAUGCUAUGAACAUCGAUGGCCUGCCAAAUGGAAGAAACCAGGCCUUCUAUAAUGUUUUGUGCGAAGAUUCCAGCUCGAGAUACGUCGCGGAGGAGAACAUCCAAGUCACAUCGGAUCCGCCUCCGGAUUUCUUGUCGAACAAGCUAGCCGGUCGCUACUUCAGACGUUGGGAUCCGCUUCAGUCGAAGUUCGUGAGCAACAUCCGGGACGAGUACCCUGAUGAUUAG